AUGCAGGAGGCAGGACAAUCUCCUCUAUCUGAAAAUCUAUUAAAACUGUCAUUUCUAAGGAAAUGCUCUCUACAGACAUUCACAGCUCCGUUGACUGGAACAGGAGACACAGUCGAGCACCUCAGGACUUAUCGCAUGACUCUAACCCAAUGGGAUCACUAUGACGUAGUGUUGUGUAAGUUUUUUCCGGCAAGUCUAAGAGACGAAGCCUUAAUGUGGUUCAACAACCUGCCUAAAGUCUCAGUUGUAUCAUUUGCUCACCUAUCCGAGCUUUUCUUAGAAACAUACAUGCAUAAUAUCAGAGUACGAUCCCAAGUUGUUGUGCUGUUCCAGAUAUCCAGAGCACCAAACGAGUCACUCCGCUCCCUGGUAACACGAUGGAGAAAACUAUGUGAUAAGAUUGGAAAAGUCCCUGAAGCUUACGCAAUCUUAGGCUUCAAAAAUAGUCUUAGAAAGACAGACCCUAUAUUUGCCCGCAUCUAUGAAACCAUGCCAAAAUUUUUUGGAAAAUUAAGAGAAAUCCAAGAGGAUUAUAUAGCCUUGGAAGAACUCCAGGACGGAACUUAUGACAUGAUGGUAAAAGGAACUAGUAGAGGAGAAAAUGUGGUAGAACCACAGAAUCCCAAAAUACCAGCCCAAGGAGCAGGGCGAUCCAACAACGGGUCAACCCAGUUCGACAAAUAUUAUACUGGAGGAUGGAAAGGGCGAGACCAAGCCCAGCAAAAUAAGGGAAAGUUCGUAGACCCAGUCUACACGAAGCUGAACACCCCCAUAUCCGAGAUACAUAAGAAGAUCGACGGAAUGCAUAAAAUCACUUACCCAUGGAACAGAGGUCAGCAGCCAGAGCGGGCCAAAAAUAUAACUGAGUUCUGUGAAUUCCAUCAAUUCCAUAUCCACACGACAGACUCGUGUAGGGACUUGAAGAAGAUGGUGCAAGAAAUGAUCAAUGAAUGCAAGCUCCAGGAAUACAUUGCGCAACCAGCGAUCCCACCCGCUGCUUGGGUACCCAUACACCAUGUGGAGAUUCCUCGUGAGGCGCACUAUCUAGGGUGCAAUACAAUAUCACACUCGGAAAUCGUUGCCCCCACGCCUGAAGGAAAUAUUACAGGACGAAUUCACAAACGAAACUUCGCAGGUGAUGAAGUCUACAGUGUAUCCAAAGAGCCUCCGAUUGAGGAAUGA